CACUGUGCAGCAGUAACAACUAAAACAGGCCGAGAUUGAUAGUUGUCUAGCCUACAUGAGGCGAUAGAGCGCCGCAGCGCAAUUUCAGUUUAAAGACGUGUUAUUGAAUCACAGUUCGACACAGGUUUUUUCUUCGUCCAAAGCAAUUUCGCUCCUCAAGCUCUUCCACGCACAGGCACCGCCCUGUAUAAAAAGACGGCAUUGCGGGAUUUUUGCCUUUGGGUUAGUAAGAGCAGGAUCUCUGUAAAAUAAGCCUGCCGAAUUGUAAUGGCUGCUGUAGAUGUUUUGGAAGAAGUUUUUGAAUUGAAACAAAAACUAAAUAAAGCGACGGAAUGUAAAAAGGUUAUUAAAGCACUGAAGAGACUACAAGACUUGGAUAUAACACUUGACAUCCUUGUGGAAACAGGAAUAGGGAAAACAGUGAAUGGCUUCCGGAAGCAUGAAAAUGCUAGUGAAACAGCCAAAAAAUUAGUUGAUCGGUGGAAAAAACUGGUUCCCAGGGAAACAAGCAGUGUUACCCAGGAUGACCUCUUGCCAGAUAACCAGGCCUUUAAAACAAAGGAGUCAAAUUUUCAAAAAGAAAACAGGACACGUUUACCGGCUCCUGGGAAGAAACCUAGUUCUGUUAGCAGGAACCAGGGACUGGAAAACUUUGAUUCUGGACACAAAAAAUCCAAGAGCAGUCACUGCGUGAAGUUGCCAAAGUCUGGAGCGGCAUCUACUUCAAGCUGGACCUCAAAAGAAUGCAAAGCUAGAAAAGAGAAACGUUAUUCUGAAAAUGUUACAGUGGAAGACUCCAGUACGGCCCUUGAUACUGUGAAAAAAGAAAGGUGCGUUAAGUCUACAAAAGUUUCCCUGGAGACGUCUGAAACGCCAGAGGUUUGGCCUGGCGAUGGAGAGAAAUCGAGGAUUAAGAGUAACAGGAAGAAGCUGCUGGAAUUUGACUCGGUGACAGAGGAGCAGAGGGCUGGUGCCAGGAGCUCUCUGAAGGAUCGGAAGCCACAGGAAGGCACAAGCUCGGCUCCCGUGCAGCAGGAUUCGCUAAAACAAAAGCUGAACAAAAAAGUCGAGUCACCCUGCCGCCCGAGAUCCAGCCGAGAGGGAAAGGGAGCUGUGAAGGAUGUGAAGAGCGCUGAGGAGAAGGAGGGGCACAGCGAUGACGACUUCGAGACUCCUGCCAUGUCUUUUGAGUCCUACUUGAGCUAUGACCUCAAGUCACCCAAAAGAAAAAAGAAGUCUCAAGCCGAAAAGAAAUCGGUAAAGAAACAUAAAAGCAGUCAGCAUAAAUCAGAGCCCACCUCAAAACACACAGUGGACAUCAAACCUGGUGCAAAACAUGACAAAGGCACCAGGGAGGAACAUCCUAAAAUGGUUAAAACUGCAUCAGCAACAGACGUCCUGAAUGUUCCUGCGCCAUCUUUCAUGUCAGAAUUGUCUCCUUUCCCUUCCCAUGAGAAGAAAGCCAAGCCCGCAGUCCCUAGUAUCUGUGAAGUGCCCCCAGUGUUUACUGGGCAGCGGUUGAAUACAAAGAUGCAAGUUUAUUCUGGUACCAAGACCACUUUCCUGCCAACCAUGAUGACUCUGUACCAGCAGUGCAUCCGUGCGCUUCAGAACAACAUUGACUUACUGUACGAGAUUGGAGGGGUGCCCUUUGAAAUUCUCGAGCCUGUGCUGGAGCGCUGUACUCCAGAACAGCUGCUUCGCAUUGAAGAAUGCAACCCGGUGUACAUAGGAGAGACGGACCACCUGUGGAUUAAGCACUGCAAGAAGGACUUCAGGAACCACCAGCUUCAGGAAUACGAGUCCUGGAGAGAAAUGUAUUUAAGACUUUUUGAAGAGAGAGAGAAGAAGCUGAAACAACUAACCCAAAGCAUUGUUUCUGCACAUUCUGGGAAACCAAAAGGUCGGCAGGUGAAGCUGGCGUUCAUCAACUCCGUGGCCAAGCCGCCCAGGGAUGUCCGUCGGCAGCAGGAGAUCCAUGGGACAGCAGGGCCGAUCUCCCAGCCUCACCCCCUCGACAAGCCCAGUGUCAAGUCAUCAGACAGUAAAGUGAAAACCAGUUCACAUGAUCUUUUGAAGCUCAGCAAUGAACACUCCAGCACCUGCAGUGCUACCAACCAGGAGCCUAAAAAACUUGUUAAAAGAGUUGCACCAAUGAUGGCAAAGUCGUUGAAGGCCUUCAGGAGCAGACUGGGACGUAGAUGAGUAAUCCGGUUCCAGUUACUCAGCUUACUGGAGGCACCAGUGACACCAGUGCUUUGUUUUUUCUUGGAGGAAACAUUAAAAUUUUCUUGAGAGUAUGAUUUUGACGGAAGACUGAGGUAUGAAGGCACUUUGUACAUGUAUACAUCUAUGUAGGUACUGUCCAUGUAAUAAUACAUCUGCUUAUUAAAAUGUACUGGAAACCA